CCUCCGCCCGCCCCUCACCGCCUCGCGGCCCCGCGCAUGCGCGGUCCGCACACGCCGAGCGGCCGGCGUCAGCGAGGUGAGCGAAGGCGGCCUACCGCUCCCAGCGUGCUGUGCGCGGGGCGACGCCCGGCGUCCGCGCGGUGAGCUCCCCUCGGGAUUGGGCGUGGGCCGUGGAAGUCCCGCCCCCCCGCGCUAUAAGCGGGCCUCGGCGGGCCUGCUGCCCUACUUUGCGUCGGUGUGCGUUGAGGCUGGCAUGGCUCUCAGCUUUCAGCGCCUGGAGGCCAUUCUGGGCAAGAGCGUCAAGCUCACCUUAACGUGUGGCGUCUUCCAGGGUGUGCUGCAGCACGUCAGUCCCAGCUGCGACCUUCUGCUGCACGCAGUGAAGAACUUGGAAACUGGCAGGAGCUCCCCAGGAGUAAAGGUGUUUUACAGGCGAGAAAUAGUCAAUGUGGAAUUGCUGGAUGAACCAGAUUCACAGAAGUGUACAGCAGUGCUGUCUGAGUGCACUUCAGCUGCAGAGGAGAACAAAGGAGCAGACACAGGAACAGCAGAGGGUGGCCUGGGGAGUUCUCCAUGUGUUUCCCUAGAGAGGCAGCUCAGAGCCUUGAAUAGCUUAAACAUGAACCCCCUCCCAGGGAAGGAGAAAGAAGAGAAAGUAGAGUAUACAGUUGUUAAUUGUUUCCAGGAGAAAUUUGGCCCAGCAGUGCUGCACCUGAAACAACAGGAUGUUAUCAGUGUUGCUGGAGAAGGUAUUAAUUUGUGUCGUAAAGGGAAGCUCUCAUGGCUUCAGAUGGCAACAAAAAGCCAUAUUUUUCUAUUUGAUAUUUUCCUUCUGGGCCCUCAAGCUUUCAGAAAUGGAUUACGAACUGUGCUAGAAGAUAAAAACAUCUUGAAGGUCAUGCAUGACUGCCGCUGGAUCUCAGAUUGCCUCUUUCACCAGUACAGCGUACUUCUUGACAAUGUCUUUGAUACACAGGUUGCUGAUGUUCUGCAGUUCUCAGUGGCAACGGGUGGCUUCUUUCCACACUGCACUUGCACAUUACAGGAGUGUCUGAUGCAGCACUUGAAGAUACCUUCCAAAUGGAAAACCCUCAUGAAGCAUGAGCAGCAAAUGGCUUUGGAGAAUCCUGAUAUGUGGUUCUUAAGACCCUUUCCAGCUUCUCUGCUUCAAGUACUUGCUCUGAAGGCUAUGUACCUUCUGCUACUCCGCUUGUCUCUAAUGGAUAACUUCAUGGCAGACCUCACAGCUGUGGUACAUGCUUACUUAAAUACUUCACAGAAUGGAUCUGAAGAUCAUCUUGGGAGCAUAAAGCCUACUUGCAUGGAGCUGCCAAAGGAGCUGCGUCAGCUGGCAGACAUCCAGAAGCUGCGAAGGGAGAAAGCAGUGAAAGAGUACAGAAUAAGUGAGGAUGGUCUUUUGAUCAGACCAGUCAUAGAAUUAAAUGAGAGAAAUCCACAGAAGGAUGAAACCCACUGAGAUGACAGGGACUACCUUCCCCCCAAUGAAGCCAGUGAGUCGAGCUGCAUCCUUCAACAGUCAAGAUCUACUUUAUGAAGUGAAAGGAAGAAAGUCAAAAACAAGUGUCAAGUCUGUAGGAGAACCUCAGACCAACUUCAGGUUGGCUGUAAAAAUCUUUGGUGCAGGUAACUUGAUAAGCUUAUGUUAUGUAUUUGACGACUUUCAAAAAUAAGAUGGAGCUAUUUCCUAUGCAGAAGCACCAAACAAUUUCUUCUUUACAAGGACAGUUGAGCAGAUUGUUAAAGGGAAAUGUUGAUGGUCUCUCUAAUCCCAGUUUCUGACUUGUUAAAAUCUAUUUUGAGAUCUUUUUUUCCCAUGAGCUAUUCUGGCUAUUGACUUUUUCAAUUUAUCUAUUUUAUCAGACUGUCUUAAAUUGCGUUGGUGCUUUUGUUGUUUUCAACUGUUGGAGGUAUGGAAAACUCUCACUCAAACCAAAUAUGUGAAUGGGGGAGCUUGUAAGAUGCCUGUUCAUUGUGAAUAGAAAUGGUUUGCUUGGAAACUUCUUCUCUUAAAAAAAAAGUUCUGGCCAGCUCAUGUGGGCUUGGUUUAUAGACAGAUAAGUCCCUUGGCAUAGUGGUAUGAGACUUGCAUAGGAGAGUGCAAGAGAUCACACCCUACUGAACAGCAUUGCUGGCAAAAACAGCAGAGGUGUACAGGUAAAAGCUAUUUUCUGCCAAGACAGAAUUACUGUAUCCUAACUGGCAAAUGCAGCAUUCUGCUUAUGAAGUUGCAGCCCACCUCUGUCAGCACUACUGUCUUACUUAUAUAGAUAAAACAGUACCAGUAAUGUGUGUGUACAGAAAAGCAUCUGUUCUAAAAGUAAGGGAAAACAGUUAAAUUAGUGUAAACCAUGUCUAGUGUUCUCCCCAAGAAAAAUAAGAUAGGCAAAAUUUGUUUAUAUCCAGUGUACUUGUUUUGUCUGUUAUUCAUUAAAAUACUAGACCAGAAGUAUUUAAGGUUUUUGAAAUUCUAGAUGUACUUAUUUCUGGAAAUGUUAGAAAAAAGUUGGAAGGUUUGAUUUUUUUGACAGUGCACUUUUCUGUAUUUUUUUUAAAUCUUGCACAGUAUUCUGUAAUUGAAGUGUUCUUUAGUUCUUUUAUCUUGGCUCACUUUAGAAAAAAUAAAACAGGUUUGAAGGGUUUCUUACAGCUUUUUAUGUGGAUGUUGAGACUUGUUUGAUUUGGUUGACUAGGAGAUGCUGGACUGGGCCCCUUCCAGCACUGGGCUAUGUGAUGAUGUUCAUCUGGGACAAGGCUUUCCUAAGCAGUGGUGUGUUCCCAGAAGUCAGUGAGUUGUGACAUGAAAUAUGCAGGGUCUUCAGAACCAGCACAGAAGUGCUUGUAGUGUAUUUCUAGAACUGAAAUCACCUGGGCCCAUCUGGUCCCAUUACAGAAAAAUGGAGAAAGUUGCAGGGUAUUGGAUAUUGUAGGUUGGGAAUAGUUGGAUGUGAAGGUUUCUGGGAUGCAGAAGAGUGAUUAUAGAGUGCCCUUAUGCAGGAUAUAGACAAAACUGAGAUGUGCACCUGGGCUUCUCCAGGAGAAACAAAGUUCUGGUUGGAAUAAUACUAUUAAAGAAUAAGGAUUUUCAGAUAGGAGCUGGACAGAGUGCCUACAUCUGUGCUACUGUGUUGCUUCACCAAAAUCUUCAGGGUAAACAGGACUGCAGCUCUCCCUUGUCUUUUGCAAAUGGUGUGAAGAAAUAGAUUGGGACCAGCUUGUCCGUCUUGAUGCAUUAGACUAAGAACAAUCUUUUUUAAAGGAGAAGAAAGUAGGACUGGACAAAAUAUUUUUAAAUUGGUAAAUUUGUAAUGCUGCUCCAUGCUAGCACUAUAUAUGUGAUUUUUUCUAAGCUUGGUGGUAAUGUGGUGCACUUCUCUUCCUUAAUGUAACUGCUAG